AUGUUGAAGUGGCUUCUAUACAUUGCUCUCCUUGGAGCAUUACUUUUCACAAAUACUUGUAAAGCUGAAGAUGAAACUGAUACAUCAACAUCCAUUCCACCAAAAGUUGAUAAUGAUAUUGGAAAACAUACUGAUGGAUCAAAGACAGAUGAUGAAGUUGUUCAAAAAGAAGAAGAAGCGAUAAAAUUAGAUGGUCUAAGUGCUAAAGAAUUUCGUACAUUAGUUGAUGCAUCGGAAAAACAUCAAUUUCAAACAGAAGUUAAUCGUAUGAUGAAAUUAAUUAUUAAUUCAUUAUAUAAAAAUAAAGAAAUCUUUUUACGUGAACUUAUAUCAAAUGCAUCUGAUGCACUUGAUAAAAUACGUUUUCUAUCUCUUACCGAUAAGAGUGUACUUGGCGAUAAAGAAGAAUUAACAAUACGUAUUAAAAUUGAUAAAGAGAAUCGACUGUUACAUAUAACAGAUACUGGUAUUGGUAUGACUAAAGCUGAACUUGUUCAAUUUCUUGGUACAAUUGCCAAAUCAGAUACAUCAGAAUUUUUCAAUAAAGUUCAACAAGCAAAACAAGAUGAUAGUACAUCAAUGAGUGAUCUUAUUGGACAAUUUGGUGUUGGAUUUUAUUCAAGUUUUCUUGUUGCUAAUAAAGUUAUUGUUACAUCAAAAAAUAAUGCUGAUGAUCAACAUAUUUGGGAAUCUGAUUCAACUUCAUUUAAUGUAUUUAAGGAUCCACGUGGUAAUACACUUGGUCGUGGAACAACAGUUAGUCUUCAUAUAAAAGAAGAAGCUGGAGAAUAUUUAGAAGCAUCAACACUUGAUGAAAUUAUUCGUAGAUAUUCACAAUUUAUUAAUUUUAAUAUUUAUUUAUGGAAUUCAAAAACUGCUAAAGAAGAAGUACCUGAUGAUGAUGGUACUACAGAAGAAAAGAAAUCAGAUGAAACUGAUAAGAAAACAGAUGAAGAUGCUGCUGUUGAAGAUGAUAAAGAAGAAGAAGGAAAGAAAAAGAAAACUAAAAAUGUUGAUAAAACUGUUUGGGAUUGGGAAUUAAUGAAUGGAAAUAAACCCAUUUGGCAACGAAAAACAUCCGAAGUUAAUGAACAAGACUAUUAUGCAUUUUAUAAAUCAUUUACUAAGGAAACUGAAGAUCCAUUGAUCUACAGUCAUUUUACUGCUGAAGGUGAAGUUACGUUUAAAUCAAUAUUAUAUAUUCCAAAAGCUGCACCAUUUGAUUUAUUUUCUACUUAUAAUAAAAAAACUGAUACUAUUAAACUUUAUGUUCGUCGUGUAUUUAUAACUGAUAAUUUUGAAGAAAUGAUGCCAAAAUAUUUAUCAUUUAUUCGUGGUGUUGUUGAUAGUGAUGAUUUACCAUUAAAUGUUUCACGUGAAACAUUACAACAAUCAAAAUUACUUAAAGUUAUUAAGAAAAAACUUGUACGAAAAGCAUUAGAUAUGAUAAAAAAACUUUCUCCAGAAGAUUAUGUCACAUUUUGGAAAGAAUAUGGUACAAAUAUUAAAUUAGGUGUUAUUGAUGAUUCAGCAAAUCGUACACGUUUAGCUAAAUUAUUACGUUUUACAACAUCUGUAUCAGAUGAUAAGCAAAUAAGUUUAGCUGAAUAUAUUGAACGUAUGAAACCAAAACAAGAACAUAUUUAUUUUAUUGCUGCUAUGUCAAUUGAUGAAGCAAAAAAAUCACCAUUUGUUGAACGUAUAUUAAAAAAAGGUUAUGAAAUUCUUUAUUUAUUUGAUCCUGUUGAUCAAUAUUGUUUGCAAUCAUUGCCUGAAUAUGAAGGAAAAAAAUUUCAAAAUGUUGCUAAAGAUGGUUUAGAAUUAGAUAAAUCGGAUGCAAAACAAGAACAACAAAAAAAACAUUUAGAAAAAUUAUAUGAACCAUUAUUAACAUGGCUUAAAGAUAAAUUAAGUGAUAAAAUAAGUGAUGCUAAAAUAUCUGAUCGUCUUGUAAAAACACCAAUGGCACUUGUUGCAUCACAAUGGGGCUAUGAUGGAAAUAUGGAACGUAUAGCACGUGCUCAAACUUAUCAAAAAAGUGGUGGAGAUUCAACAAUGAAUUAUUAUUUAAAUCAAAAGAAAGCAUUAGAAAUUAAUCCACGUCAUCCGCUUAUUAAAGAUUUACUUCGUCGUAUUCAAGAUUCAAAAGAUGAUAAAACAGCUUUGGAUUUAGCAAAUGUUAUGGUUGAAGCAGCAACACUUCGUUCAGGUUAUGAUUUGAAAGAUUCAACUGGUUUUGCUGAUCGUAUUGAAUCAAUGUUACGACGUGCUAUGGGAAUUUCAUUAGAUGAAAAAGUUGAAGAUGAACCAAUGGAUGAAGACAAUCAAGUUAAACUUAAUACCAAUGUUGAUGAAAAUAUUAUUGAUGAUGAUACUGAUUCAACAACAUCGACAACGAACUCGGAUAAAGCGCAUGGUGAUUUAUAA